UAGUUAUGGAAACCGAUAGUAACUUAAUAUUGAAUUAUUAACACAAAUACUUAUCCAGUUUUGAGACCAUAACUACUGAUAAGAAUUGUAAUAAUUAAACGUUGAUUUGAUUUCAGUGUUAUUUCAGAGAAAAGUGAAAUACAAUUUGCUUUUUAUUUCCUUAAUCAUAAUUAAGACCUCUUUUCAUGAGUGAAGAUGUGGUCAAAAAGCCAUUUGUAUUCCUUUGUCUUCUUCUGCGUGGCCUUCAGUUAUACUCAUUGUAUGACAUCUUAUCUCAAAUAUGAAGUAAAGGCCGAGUUAUGCGUCGGACCACAAUUUGAUCCAAACAUCCAAGUCUUAAACGACUCGGCCAUCGAUACGGCUAUUGUCUUAGAGUCCUCGCCAUUGAUGUCGAGUUCCUGUUCUGUCAGAAUAAUUAUGUCACCAAAAGUUGAUGGUUUGAUUGUUUCGGUCGAAAACAUAUCGAUCACUAAUUUGGACCAAAGCUGCGAUAAUUACAUAGAAUUUGGUUCGUCUCCGAUCGCCAAAUGGUGCAACACUUCAGACGCCAGACCUCUUCAAUUUGCCGACUCUAGUGUCGACAUUGUAUUCAAUUUCCCAAACAAUAGCUCGUAUUUUAAGCUAAUUGUAACGCCGUAUACAAAGCCCGUAUUCAAUGAAUGUCUCGCUUCAACGCCAUUCAAAUGCCAGGAAUCGGGCGAAGUGUUUUGCAUUUCAGAUGGAUUCACUUGCGAUGGCAUUGACAACUGUCCCGCCGGUAACGAUGAGACUAACUGUGCCCAGUCGUCGAGUCCACAAAUUGAUGUCAUUACCGACUCUUACGGAACCAAUGAAACUAUAACUGAAGUUAAACCAUACGAAACAACACCCGUCUUAACGACUGGCCGUCUAUUUGAAGAGAUGUUUGCCGAUAAAUACGCCAAAUACAACAUUUCGGAUCAUUGUGGUAAUCUAACGGCACAAAUGAUUACAUUAAAAAAGGACAAAAAUGAUAUUACAAUUCCGGCCAUUCUAUACCUAUCGGCCAAUGAAUCCCGACUGUUGAAGGAAAAAGAUUGCAGUUUUCGUAUCCAAAUUCCUAUAUCUUCAUUGCUCGUAAAGAGAGGCAUCGUUUUAGGCAUCGAUGAUAUUAAUAUUGGAAGCGCUAAUGACUCGUGUAGUGACUAUUUAUUAAUUAAGAGUUCGGUCGACGAAACGUCAACCAAAUGGUGUAAUAGUAAUACAACAGACAUUGGAAUGGCUUUCAAAGGAAAGUCCGGUUCAGUUGACAUUCAAUUUCACGCCGGAAAUCACAGUAAUUCGAGUUUUAAUUUAAUCGUCACUGAAUUUCAUGAUCCGAUUAUGACUUAUUGUAUAUCCACUUCGGAUAUAAAGUGCAGUUCCAAUGCCGGCAAACAAUGCGUUUCGAAAUCAUUUCAAUGCGAUGGACAUCGAAAUUGCCCGGCGGGUGACGAUGAGACCACAUGUCCUAAACCAGCCCCCACUAUAGCCCCUUUCACCACUACCACAAAACCACCAUCUCCAACUCCAACUCCAUCUCCAACUCCAACUCCAACUCAUGCUCCCUCUCCAACUCCGUCUCCAACUCCAGCUCCCUCUCCAACUCCCUCUCCAACCCCGUCUCCAUCUCCAGCUCCCUCUCCGUCUCCAUCUCCUACCCCUAAACCGGACGGUUUGUCGGGCGGUAUAAUAGCUUUAAUAGUAAUCGGGUCCCUAAUCGGUGCCGCAAUCUUUGUCUUUAUUAUCUAUAAGUACGUUAAGAGAAGUCGAGAAAACACUGGAUAUUCGCCUCUAAAUGAAUAAACAAUAAUUACUGUAUUUCCAAAUUAAUAGCUUUAAACAUUAUUUUUGUGAUUUACUUAAUUUAUUGUUUGAAAAUUAUAACGAAUGAUGUCAUUAUAUAUUAUAACG